UGACGAUAUGGGCAAUAUUCUGACUUUUGCUGGUAUAUUCGCAGUCGUUAACUCGACCUUCAUCGUCGGGAUGCAGCCUGAUCCAGGAGACACUACCAAUGUCCUCCUCCUCCAUCUAAUUCAGAUAACUGUCAAUGGCCCAAAUUCUGUACCUGACAUCAACACUCUUACAUCAUCUACGGGAUAUUCUCCUUCGAUGAUCUGGAUUCAAACACUUGCGUAUGCUAGCCUCGCGUUCAGCGUCUUGGCCGCAUUCGGGGCUGUCUUGGGAAAGCAAUGGUUGCACUAUUACAUGACAAAUCGAGGACGAGGGACUCUCGAAGAGCGUGGUGUAGACAGGCAGAUGAAGCUAGAUGGAAUAAAAUGUUUCCGUCUAAAGAUUGUCUUGCAGACAUUCCUGGUGCUGCUCCAGAUUUCGCUCCUGCUCUUCGGCCUCUCGCUAAGCGCCAACAUGUGGGUCAAACAAACCACGAUAUCCAGCGUCAUCAUUUGCACCACAGCUUUCGGCAUUCUGUUCUAUGCGGGCACUAUCCUCGUGUCGGCGUUGCGUCCAGACAGCCCUUUCCAGACACCAGGAUCGGAGCUAUUUGUAGCCAUUUGCAAAAGAAUGCUUCCAAAGAAAUUCACACUCACUCCUAAUAAAUUCGUCAAAUCGUCCGCCGUUCGCUGGAUACUAGAGACACCGAUGAACCUGGAAGUUGUCGAGGCUGCAGCUGCGAUUGUACCUCACGUGCAAUGGCCACCGAACCUUGAUGCUUCAACAGCCUUCGCACGCUUACGCCAGAUUUUCGUGGCAUGUUGUGACAGGGAAGAGCUAUAUGUAAUGUUUGGCAAAGCCAUGGCCCAUC